AUGGCCAACACCAUCUGCUUCCCCCCGGCUCAGCAUCCCGAAUCCUUGAGAGCCCGCAGGUUGCACCCCCGGAGCAGGGUGUUUAAGAAAGCCAGUCCCAACGGGAAGCUCACUGUCUACCUGGGGAAGAGGGAUUUCGUGGAUCACAUCGACGUGGUGGACCCCGUGGACGGAGUGGUGCUGGUGGAUCCCGAAUACCUGAAGGAGAGAAAAGUGUUCGUGACGCUGACCUGCGCGUUCCGCUAUGGCCGCGAGGACCUGGACGUGCUGGGGCUCACCUUCCGCAAGGACCUGUUCGUGGCCAACUCGCAGGCCUUCCCGCCCGUGCCCGAGGAGAAGAAGCCCCUGACGCGGCUGCAGGAGCGGCUCAUCAAGAAGCUGGGCGAGCACGCCUACCCCUUCACCUUCGAGAUCCCCCCCAACCUGCCUUGCUCCGUCACGCUGCAGCCGGGCCCGGAGGACACGGGGAAGGCCUGCGGGGUGGACUACGAGGUCAAAGCGUUCUGUGCUGAGAACCUGGAGGAGAAGAUCCACAAGAGGAACUCGGUGCGCCUGGUGAUCCGGAAGGUGCAGUACGCGCCGGAGCGGCCUGGCCCCCAGCCCAUGGCAGAGACCACCCGGCAGUUCCUCAUGUCGGACAAACCGCUGCACCUCGAGGCCUCCCUGGAUAAGGAGAUCUACUACCACGGGGAGCCCAUCAGCGUCAACGUCCACGUCACCAACAACACCAACAAGACCGUGAAGAAGAUCAAGAUCUCAGUGCGCCAGUACGCCGACAUCUGCCUCUUCAACACUGCCCAGUACAAGUGCCCCGUGGCCGUGGAGGACGCUGACGAUAUGGUGGCCCCGAGCUCGACCUUCUGCAAAGUCUACACCCUGACCCCCUUCCUCGCCAACAACCGGGAGAAGCGGGGGCUGGCGCUGGACGGGAAGCUCAAGCACGAGGACACCAACCUGGCCUCCAGCACGCUGUUAAGGGAUGGAGCCAACAAGGAGAUCCUGGGCAUCAUCGUCUCCUACAAGGUGAAGGUGAAGCUGGUGGUGUCACGAGGAGGCCUGCUGGGAGACCUCGCCUCCAGCGACGUGGCGGUGGAGCUGCCCUUCACGCUGAUGCACCCCAAACCCCGGGAGGAGCCGGCACACCGGGACAUUCCAGAGAAUGAAGCGCCCAUAGAUACAAAUCUGAUAGAGCUCGACACAAAUGACGACGACAUCGUGUUCGAGGACUUCGCCCGCCAGCGACUCAAAGGCAUGAAGGACGACAAGGAGGACGAGGAGGAGCGGACAAACUCCCCGCAGCUCAACGACAGAUAAGCGAGCUCCCCCCCGCUCGCCGCCCCGCCGCAGGGACACCCCCACAUUAGGCUGCUUCUCUUUUCUAUAAUUAAUUAAUUAAUUUUGUUUUCUACCUGUACCGGGAGCCUACGGAUCGCCCGAUGGCCACAGGACCUAUAACCGUCCAGCUGUGCCGUGUUGUCACUCUUCAUCCAGCUGCCAGAGCUGCUGUUUCCCGUGCAGGGCACGGCUGGGGGGUGCAGGAGGCAGGGGGGCUCGCUCUGACCCCGUCCCCGUCCAGCCCCCUGCCACUUCCCAUCCCAGAGCCCUUUCCUAUGAGCUGCCUCUUUUACGUGUUUUAUAUAAGCCCAGUCUCAACACCGGUUUGCUGUGGGGAGGGGGGUUGCAGCAGAACAGGGGGGGUGUCUUUUUUGGGCAGCCUUCUCAUGGGAAAGGGCACCUGUGCACCUCGGUGUCCCCUCCUCUCCCCCACGGCCAGUGCCCCCGUCCGGCCCUGCUGCAUGUGAUCCCUCCCUGGGAUGCACGAGCCUGGCUUUGACUAUGGCCCCUGCCCCAGCUGCUCCAAACCAAGCGGGUGGGCAGCACCCCCUGCUCUUCCCCCCGAGCCCAGGGGCCCUCCCAGCUGUGUCCCUUCCCACAGUGGAGCU